UGAGGGAAGAAAAGUUAGCUAACCUAUAGUAUCUCAGCACAACACCGUUUGCACGGAUCAAGUGUGGAACUAACUGCAGGGAAGAUCUGAUAGUGGUCAGGAGCGGCGAAGACAGUUGUGGUAAUACGUUCUCCUGAAGAAAUGGUUCUGUCAGUGCGGGGAUAUAACCGGACUGCGAAGUAACAUUUCUAUGACAGACGGCAAUAAUUGACCAGGGGGCUACCGCGCUUUUCCUGUGGCAACCGGGAUUCUCGAGGCUAUAUGGAGAGGAUGUCGGGAUGGCUUGCACGAGGAGAACCAAGACUUUGGUGUCAACAUGUGUUAUCUUGAGCGGAAUGACCAAUAUUGCAUGUCUUCUGUAUGUCGGUUGGGUCACCAAUUACCUCGCGAAUGUGUACAUCAAAGUUCCCGAACCUGUUCCGGAGAAAAAGUUGGAAGAGGACAGCAAAGGGGAAACUUUGAGGAUUAUACAACGACUUGAUCGACUCGAGAAUGUUGUCAACCAGCACAUACAAGAGACGCCUCCAAAGGCGGACGAGAACAUGGCGGCGGAGUCUUUCUCGGACUCAUCGCUGUUCUCCCGCUGGGGCCAGGACCUGAGCCCGGAGACGCGGCGUGUUGCGCUGAAGAAGUUCCAGUACUACGGCUACAACAGCUACCUCAGCGACCGGCUUGCCCUGGAUCGGCACAUCCCUGACCUGAGGCCUGAUGGGUGCAAGAACAGCUCAUAUCCCGCAGACCUCCCGCAGGUCAGCAUCGUUUUUAUUUUCGUAAACGAGGCACUGUCGGUCAUCCUGCGUUCGGUCCACUCUGCCAUCCAAAGAACGCCCUCCCACCUCCUCAAAGAGAUCGUACUGGUGGAUGACAACAGCAGCAGCGAGGAGCUGAAGGAGAAGCUGCAAGACUUUGUGGACGAGACCAACAGCCAGCGGCCCGGCUUCAUCAAGGUGGUCCGGCACGCCAAGCAGGAGGGGCUGAUCCGAUCCCGGGUGAGCGGCUGGAGGGCCGCCAGCGCCCCCGUGGUGGCGCUGUUCGACGCACACGUGGAGUUCAACAUCGGAUGGGCUGAACCUGUUCUGCAGAGAAUUAAGGAGGACAGAACUCGAAUAAUAUCCCCGUCUUUUGACAACAUCAAGUAUGACACAUUCGAGAUCGAGGAGUACCCCCUGUCUGCGCAGGGCUUCGACUGGGAGCUCUGGUGUCGCUACCUGAACCCCCCGAAAUCCUGGUGGAAUCAGAAGAACAACUCUGCGCCAAUCAGGAGUCCUGCUCUGAUUGGCUGCUUUGUGGUGGACAGACAGUACUUUGAGGAAAUUGGUCUUCUGGAUGAAGGGAUGGAGGUGUAUGGGGGCGAAAAUGUGGAGCUUGGUAUCAGGGUGUGGCAGUGUGGGGGCAGUGUGGAGGUGCUGCCUUGCGCCCGGAUCGCCCACAUUGAGCGCGCUCACAAGCCCUACACCGAGGACCUGACUGCCCACAUGCGCCGCAAUGCUCUGCGGGUGGCCGAGGUCUGGAUGGAUGAGUUCAAGAGUCACGUCUACAUGGCCUGGAACAUUCCUCAAAAAGACUCGGGCAUUGACAUUGGGGAUAUCUCUGAGAGAAAGGCCCUGAGAAAGAGGCUGAAGUGCAAAACAUUCCGCUGGUACCUGGUGAACAUCUACUCUGAGAUGAGGAUGUACAUGGACACCAUCGCCUACGGAUUGCUGAAGAACUCGCUGAAGAGUGACUUGUGUUUGGACCAGGGGCCUGACACUGACAACGUCCCCAUCCUCUACAUCUGUCACGGGAUGACCCCUCAGAAUGUGUACUACACCAGCACUCAGCAGUUACACAUAGGGGUCUUGAGCCCCACCAUCGACGACGAUGACAACAAGUGCCUGGUGGAUGUGAACAGCAGGCCCCGCCUCAUUGAGUGCAGCUAUGCCAAAGCCAAGCGAAUGAAGCUGUACUGGCUCUUUACUCAGGGAGGCUCCAUCCAGAACAGGAAGUCGAGGCGGUGCCUGGAGCUGGUGGAGAGUGGCAAUAAUGAGUUUGGGUACCAGCUGGCCCUGCAGAAGUGCAGUGGACAGAGCUGGACCGUCACGCACCUGCUGGUGGGAGGCUCACUAUGACCGUGUUAAGACCAGCCUGUCGUGACCCGUCCACAUCCCACACUGAUCCUGAGAGGACUAUCAGAGACCGCAAUGCUUUGGCCUUUCAAACUCCUUUUGCUCUUUAUCAAGGAAAUGGAGCCAAAGUCACAUCUACUGUAUGGUGAUACUUUGAGCUCUUUGACAUCUCUCUGUUUCACCUGAAGAAGUAUUAAGAUAAAUGUCGGACAUUUUUACCAUAUUUAUGUCCUCACAAGUCGGCCACGAUUCGUUGAUUUCUCCGCUCUGCAGUCUGGAGGCUGAAACAUCAGAGUACACAUUUUGCAAGUUCCUUGGUUCUGUGUUGACUGGAUCCAGUACAAUCAUUAAUCUCUGAUACAUAUGAUUAUAGCUUUGCUACUGUGUAGCAAGAGUUUACUAAGUUCCCUGCUGUAUUUGGUCCCUUCUAGUGUCUCAGGUUUGUUGGUUAUGUUUAUUAAGAAAUCAAGCUGUACAGUUUUGAGGAAAAGCUCUUAUGUUGACAUGUCUCAUACUGAAGAUUUUAAGCUAUUUUCUAAAUGUAAAUAAUCAAAAUAUUUAUAAUAUCAGACAGUAAAAAGUGCUGUUGGCAAAAUUGAUGUUUUUGCUUGUUUUUUUGUUUUUUUUGUCCUCUGAAGCCAGUGAACAAAUUGCAGAAAUGGCUUUUAAGAAAGGACCUUGCUUAAUUUAAUGAGGUGAAACAAGGCACUUGAUGAGAGGGAUAAUAGCUCAGUGUGGUGGUGUUUUUUAUUAGAGAAUGUUCCAUUUCUCUCUCGAGCUCUAAUUUAUUUUUUAAAGAGGAGAGAUGUGAAACAGAAGUGUAUAAAUGAGUAUUCAAGGGGGGUUGGCACUCCAUUUGUUAUUUGUUGAUUAACUUCGUAGCUUCAGCUGAGCUUCAGCACAGAAGUGAUUAUUUUACCUCUUUCACUGCAAUAAGGGACUCAAAAUUCAUGUGAAGCCAGGGUCUUUUAAGUGCAGUUAAUAAGUGAGUGACCAAGCAUGGAGAACACGUUCUGUUUUCUGUUUUUUUUAAUGCAUUUUGUUUUCUUCAUUAAAAAUCCAUUGGGUUUCCUGUUU